AUGGUGGGGACUCCUUUGGGGAUUCUCCAACUUAUCAUCUACUUUAAAUACAAGAACAAGAAGGCACCAAUUACAACGAUGGUGAUGAGUAAAUGGGAUGAUGAGAAUAAUAAGAGUAAACUUGAGCUUGUUGUUGACGUUGAUAAUGAUGGUGAUGCCAAUGACAAUGAGAAGAAGUUCAUGAAUGCAUGUUAG